AUGGCAACUGUGAAGAAAUAUCUUAGUGAAGAAAAAAAAAAAAGGUUCCCUAUUUUCGUGAAUAUUUGUGUAGUUACCCUUCUGAUUUGGACAUUACAAUGUUUUAAUAAUAAUUGUUCUUUGAACAGGUCGUGUAAAGCUAAUGGCAGCUACUACAAUGCAAAGGGAAGAGCGUCGCUUAAAAGAGUGCAAAACAGAUGUUUAGCACAAGGGGGAGGAAGUAAUCUGAGCCCAGAAAUGGAAGUGCUAAAGGAAACAGUUGUAAAUUACUUGUUAUCUAGUAACAAAAAAAACAAUAAUGAUAAUAGAAACGAAACAAAACCAGAGGUGCUGGAACGAAGAUACGAUCAUCCUCCUCCUCCAAGAAACUAUCAUGACCGUCAUUAUCACAGUGGCCAUGAAGAUGUUAGAGAACAUAACAAUUAUGAUGCAAGAGAUGGACAUGUUAAUGGUAAUCAUAAUCGUCAAGGUCCUGAAGUAGUGUCAUAUUACGUACAAGAAGGGGAACCGGAUAAGGAUCGAAUGAUACAGCCUGUAUAUUAUCCAACGCACCUAGCAACACGAAAAAUUCCUUAUGAUAAUAAUAAAAAUACCUCCAUAGUAAGUUAUGUAAAGCACAUGUUACUGGACCAGCAGUUAUUUGCAUCGCCCGUUCUAAAUAAAAUGGCCCCAAUUUUUUUUUUAAUGUUUCUUUACUACGUAAUAUCAGCUAUUAUAAGCAAUUUCCGUCAUAUUAUAGCACUCUAUUUCUUGGCCAAAAUAGUGAAAAUGCACUAUAACAGUAAUAAUAAUUAA